AUGUCUUCCAACUCAAACAAAGGAGAAAAUGGAUGUAAUUGGUAUUGUGUUCAUUGUGUUGGCUUCUGUGCUUUUCAUAAGUUGUAAUUUAUUAUGCUGCCUGUGCGCGGGCCGAGGUGGAGGUAGAUUGAAGAAGUCACCUGAUAUCGAAAAAGGUAGGAAAAAGACCACUACUAGCAUCGGUAGCCGUGCCACACAAGAUGGAAAUAUGGUUAUUUUGGCUGGAGCGGGUGGUGCGGUAGUUGGCACGGCUAUAGCUACUGAUGUCAUGACUAGUAAAGAUAAACGUGAUUGUGAUAAUAAAGGUAGUAAUAGUAAUAUUAGUGGUGGUUGUGGAGUUGUAGUUGGAGGAGGUGGUGGUGGUGGUACAGAUUCAAGUACGAAUCACGGGUGUUGUUGUGGCGGUGAUGGUUGUGGUGGUGGUGGUUGCGGUGGUGGUUGUGGUGGAUGUGGAGGUUAGUUAAUUUUCCAUUUGGACGCUAGCCACGUUAUACACACCAAAGUAUGUUUACCUAUACUAACAAGGAUGAUGAAAUGGUAAGUAUUCAAUCAUCAUUACUUAGAGGUUUCAGAUUCAAGACGUCGGAGCUAGGAGCGUGGAGAAACCAAAAAGAAAAAAUUUGUUUGCAUAUGAUAUUAUAAAUGAUUGUUGUACAAUCGAUGUAUAAAAAAUUAUAAUUUGAUCUCUUGUACUAUUAUUUCUUUUUCAUGUAUAGUAAUUCGGUUCUUUGUAUUUACAUUUUAGUUUUGUUGAAGUGUACUAAAAGUUU